GAGAACCAGGAGCAGAGCAUGCACAGCACAGGGGAGAGAGAAGGGACUCCAUUUUGGCAAGGAGAAUCUGGAUCCCUCUUAAAACAUCCUCCCUCUUUGCGACGGAAGGGCAGCGCAUAGGCCUCGGGUGAAUGGGGCCCUGCCUGACGUCUGCGUGGGACAGCUCCGUCACCCGUCCCUCUCCAACACCCCCCCGGCCCUCUCUGUGAGAGAACCCGCCAAACGACCAGGGUUUGGGGCGCGGUCAUGGUGUCCCAGGCGGAGGUCUGGGACCCCUUCCAUGCAGGCGCGCUCCUCUCGCAGCUGAACGAGCAGCGGUUGGCCGGCCCCGCCCCCUUCUGCGACGUAACGCUCAUCGCCUCUGACGACGCCAAAUUCCGCGCGCACCAGAGUGUCUUGGCCGCCUGCAGCCCCUACUUCCGAGAGCUGCUGUCCUCCCCGUCCCCGGCUCCCCCCCGGUCCCACUCGUCGUCAUCCGCGGCCCUCACCGGGAAGGACAGGGUGCUGGAGCUGCCCCAUCUCCAGUCCAGAGUCCUGUCCGACCUGCUGGACUACAUCUACACCUCCCGCGUUGCCCAGCACGGUUCCAAAGGGACCCGGCUGCUGUCUGAGGCAGGCCGGAGCCUGGGCGUGCCUUUCCUGGCUGGCCUGGUGGGGAAGGACCCGAGUCGCGUCAAGAGCAAAAGCGGACAGGAUAAAGCCGACGGCAUGGAUGGAACGGACAAGCUGGGUGCUGCGAAGAGCUCGAAAACGUCUCUCUCUUUUCCCCUCAGUGUGCCUUUUCCCGGCCUUUCAGCACAAAAUCAUUGCCCACCCUCCAGCUCCCCGUCUUCAUCUUCUGCCUGCGCCACGGGCUCCGAGGAGGCUCUGUGGAAGAGGGCCGCCGUGGACAAGCAUUUGCAACACAUGCCUGGACUUUUGCCAAUUUCUUCCUCUUCAUCUUCCUCCUCCUCCUCUUCCUCUCCCAUUGACCUAACUGCACCAACCAGAAAGGAGCCUCCAUCCACGCCCCCUUCCUCCAUGACCGGCACUGUUCCCCAGUUCCUAAGCCUCCCCCUGUUGCCCCCUGCCAGGACUGGACUGGUGUUUCCAGCAGGGGGAAAAGGCGACAGCUUCCCCGCAGGCAUGGACUCUGAGCACUCUACCACAGAGACGGCACAGAUCCUGUUCAACCUGAGUGCCAUGGCCUUCCAGGGCCGGGGGCAACUGGAGCCAGACAGAAAGGAGCAGGGCCCCGGGGUGAAACAGGGGAGGGCAGAAAGCCCCGCAGCGGGACCAGGACUGCCUCAGACGAACCCCCUCCCUCCUCCUCUCACUCCCCCGCUGCCUCACGGCCCCUCGCCGGUGCCCCCGAAGGCGGAGCUCCUGUGCGGGGUCUGCCACCGCCUCUUCAGCUCCGCCUCCUCCCUCACUGUCCACAUGCGGCUGCACCGCGGGGGGCGGGCGCUCAGCUGUCGGCACUGUGGCAAAGCCUUCAUCCACAACAAGAGGCUGCAGUCCCACGAGGCUGUCUGCCGGCAGGCACCGCCUGUCCUGCACACCGCCCCCAAGCAGGAGCCGCCUGACGAGGGGGAGGAGGAGGGCGAGCAGGGGGGAGGAGCAGAGGAGCAGCCGGAGCACGGUCGCAUGGGGCCCGGGCGGCCCUUGAAAAAAGGGCGCGGUUUCCUGAUGAGACACCACCGCCCGUUCCCUCGCUCUGACCUGCUGGCUGAGGAGGACCACUUUGUGAAGGUGGUAGACGGACAUAUAAUCUACUUCUGCACAGUGUGCGAGCGCUCCUACAUGACUCUCUCCAGUCUCAAGCGGCACUCCAAUGUGCACUCCUGGCGCCGCAAGUACCCCUGCCACUUCUGCGACAAGGUCUUUGCCCUGGCCGAGUACCGCACCAAGCACGAGGUCUGGCACACGGGCGAACGCCGCUACCAGUGCAUCUUCUGCUGGGAGGCUUUUGCCACCUACUACAACCUCAAAACACACCAGAAGGCCUUCCACGGUAUCAGCCCUGGCCUCAUCUCCAGUGAAAAGACUGCUAACGGUGGCUACAAACAGAAGGUCAAUGCCCUCAAGCUGUACCGCCUGUUGCCCAUGCGCUCCCAGAAACGGCCCUACAAGACCUACAGCCAGUCCCUCACCGACAGCCUGCUGCUGCCUCCAGAAUCAGCAAAGCCCCUGCCCUUGCCCCUGGACUGCAGCUUGCCCACUCCCCUGGGCCCCAGCGAGCUGCACUCUCUCAUCAGUGACGGUCAUCGUCAGGGUCUGCUCGCUGACCCCUCUGAGUUCACCUUUGGAGUGAAACCAGAUGGUCUGGGUCCGGGAGAGCCCUCCAAACUCACCGAUGCCAAGUCUGACAUGCGCGUGAGAUUGGCUGAGGGGGGGGCAGCUGAGGGAGAGCAAGAAGCCAACAGCGGGGAUGGCGUCCUGCCAGGCGGCAGCGGCGUGAGACCGCAGAAGGGCUACUGCAGCUCCAAGGCGCCCGUCUCCUCCGUCAUCACCUACGGACACCCUAAACCGUCGGUCAUCAAGCACGGAACGGCCGUCUCAUCCUCCGUCAUUGUCCACAGCAAUCAGAUCUCCUCAGGGGGUGGAAGCAGCUUCCUCAGCAGUUCUCCCUCAGAGGCUAACAGCAGCAGUCCAGUGCCCUCCAAGGCAGCCCACCGGCCUAUGAAAAAGCAGGUGCUGAAGAACUAUGCCCAGACUCAGAGUGAGGCGGAAGGUGUGUCCACUCCAGAGGAAGUGGGGGGGAAGCAGGCAGUGGAGGGGGAAGAGAGGGGGAAACCACAGAAGGGCCGCAGGGCCCACAGCAAAAGCGUGACAUACACGGCAAAGCCAGCCUGUGUGGCGGGGGAGGCAGAGGUCAGGGGCUCGGCGCCACUGUGCCAGAUCACGGUGCGGAUCGGGGAGGAGGCCAUCGUCAAGCGGAGCAUCUCCGAGACGGACCUCAUGAGGGACAAGAGCCCACCGCCUAGCAAAGCCAAAAAGACUGACGCCAGCGUGCAAGACCCAGCGGAGCCGCACCACGCCCACCACCACCGCCACAGGCAUCGAACCCACCGCAGCUCCAGUGAGCAGGAGGAGGAAGCAGAGACCUGGAGGAAGAACCCCAAGGCUUCCAAAGCGACAGGCAAAGUCCGGGAGUACUACUUCCGUCAGGAGGUGCGAGAGGAAGACAGUGACCAGGACGCAGAGGACAACCUCUGGCGGCCAUACUACACCUACAAACCAAAACGGAAGGCCUUACAUGUGCAGAAGGUGAAGAAAUCCAGCUGGCAGCGCCAAUUACGCUACAAGCGCUCCCUAAGGUUACUAAGAAGGGCAGAGAAACUCAUGGACAACAACACCAAGGAGGAGGAGGAGGAGGAGGAGGAGGAAGAGGAGGGGGAGGAAGAGGAGGUAGGGGAGGAGGGAGGGAAAAAAGACGACGGAGCGAAGGGAUGCUCUGAAGAGACAUCGAACAUCAGCUCCGUGGCCUCUGCAGAAAAGCAGCAAGAAAAUAAUCCAGGGGAAAAGAAACCGCAGAGUGGAAAGCACCCUUCCCAGUCCCUCUUGGAUGCCUCCUCUUCUGACUGCACAGACAGACAGGACCAGCCAAUGGCAUCAGAGUGCGGGACCUGUGGACGCUGGUUCUCCACUGUCCGCAAGCGGGACAGGCAUGAGCUGACCCACCUGUUGGAGUUUGUGUGCCUGCAGUGCCGUGAGCCCUUCCCCUCCCAGGCCCAGCUGGAGGAGCACCAGAGAACCCAGCACGCCCACGUGGACCGCCCGCCCUCCCUGUCACGGGGUCAGCCACUAGACGCAGACGCAGACAUGGAGACGGAGACGGAAACGGAGAGGGUGGCACCGGGAAAGGCCAGCCCGGGUCGCGUCGGCAGAAGGCCCUCCGUGAGACAUAUCUGUCCCCACUGUGCUAAAGUGUGCAAGACAGCAGCCGCGCUAGGUCGCCACACCAAGCGGCAUGAACUGGACAGCCUGGCCGCAGGCGAGGAGGCUGAGGGUGGGGACACAGCCUCAGCACUGGAGGCGGCACCUGCAGCAUCGGCUGAGCUUUCAUCGAGCACAGACUCAGACAUGAAACACGAUCAUGCUCAGGCUAUACCAGUCAUCAACUACCCCAAGGUGGCCCCUCAGUCUGACGCAGACUUUGAGUCUGCAAGUCUUGGCCUCCCAGGUAAAGAGGAAGCAGAACCCCAAACAGCAGGACCUGUAGGUGAUUCAGAGCACAGAGAGAAAGGACCCGCUGCCGAUAGAGGCCCCAGCCCUCAGUGCGCCGCGCUCCCUCAGACCAGUCCCGCCUCCAGACUCGACAGACCCGACACCUCGUCGGCCAGCCUCCAUAGUGUGCUGGUCCUGAGCGGAAAAGACUUCCUGGACCCAAGCCGGUCCUACAAAGCUUCCAGAGAGAGAAGUCCGGAGAGUCAGGUCAGCAGGAAGAGCAGCCCGGCGCGGAUGGAGGAGUCAGGUGACACUUCUCUGCGUGGGGCCAUAAUGUUGCAGGCAAGAGCUUCCGCCGCCCCGGUAGUGUCCGUUACGGCAGCACCCGGCGGAGGGGUGUCGGGGGGUACUGUCACGGACACCAUGGGUUCACCGUCUUCUCGAGGGUCCGUGAGGCUGCCCGCAGAAGUGGAGGACCCGCGGGUGGCUCAGGACCUCAGGUUACCAGCAGCAGCCAGAAGCUCCAGCUCCGUCCUCACGCAGGAUCUAUCCGCACCAUCCAUGGCAGCAAGGGAGAGGGAGCUGAACCAGCCAGCCUCAGCGAAGCAGAAGGUCCCCAAAGAACAGCCGAAGGACAGGGAGGUGGCCCUGCUGGUGCCCAAACAGGAGGUGGAGACGCCGGUGCCGUCUCCCGAGUACUCCAUCAUACAAAGCCCUGCGAGCACGGUCCCCCCACAGAGGCACUCCAAGUCUCCCCAUCGCUCCCCGAACACCUCUGACCUGCUGGCACGAGCGCACCUGGAGGCCACCCCUUCUCUGCGGGGGAGCCGGGGGUCUGAGAGACAGGGGCUGCCGCAGCCGUCGUGCUCCUCGGGGGCUGCCGAGCGCCCCUCUGCCAAUGCACUGCUCCUUCCCCGAGCCCCUCCGCCGGAGGCCGAGCCCGACGACGAUCCCUCCAUGGCACCCAUGGGCUCCUGCGGGGAGGCUAAGUACCCUGUUCAGGAGUUCCCCUUACCCCUCAUAAUGCCUGGGGGCUGCCGCUCCAGCAAGAAGCAUGAAGACAACAUCCUGGUGUCCUACCCGGCCAGCCCGCUUCCCUUCGGGCCGCUGGGCAAGAUGGGCGCCAACGGAGACUUGUCCAAGCUGCCCUUCUACCCCGACCCGUGCCACCUGCUCUACAGCCCGCAGCUGCUCGCCUACCCCUACAACCUGGCUGCCCUGCCCAUGGCCCUCAACGUGAUGGCCCCGGGGGAAAAGGUGGAGCCGCUGCCCUUCCUGCCUGCCCUCUUCAACUAUGCUGCCGGCCCAUAUGCAGGCGCGGUACCACACCCCCUGGUGGCCAACCCCAGCCACUACAGCAGCAGCAGUGGCAGCAGCAAGAAGCGGGACAGCACCAACCCAUAGGAGGAGACACAGCUGUGGAGUAUUUAAGAAGAAGGGUCGGCUUCUGAGGGAGGGGCUCCGUGGGGACUGAAUGCACUUGAACAAUCCCUGCCUCUCUUUUGUAAAGUAAAGUAGUGAUAAGACCUAGGCAAUUUUAGAGGAGGGGUAAAGGGAGGAGGGGGCUUGGAGGGGGGGUUCAAAGGGGGAGGAUGUAGGCCAGAUAAAGAUAGACACCCCUCUCCCUCCCCUAUCCAUCUAGCACUUCCAGUACACCUCUCUCCUUUUAUCCUUUCUUUCUGUAGUAGUACUAGAGCUCGAUUAACUGUCCUCUCAGACUUGUUAUAAUAAUAAUAUCUAUAAUAUAACAAUAAUAACAGCUAACAGGGUGUGUGUUUUGCAAAAAUUAGUUCAGUCUGCUUCCCUUUAUAGUGACCGCAAAAGAAAAAAAAUACUACAAAAAAACAAAAAAACAGGCUGGUUAUGUUUUAGAAAAGAAAAGGGAUGAGCCAGAAAUGUCAUCACCCUGCGUGGUGGAGUCUUAGAGUGUAACUAGACAGCAACUGUGUGUGUGUGUAAGUGUGUGUGAGUGCGUGUGAUCUUGUGCUUCUGCACGCAUGUUAGCAUGCAUAUGCACCUGUGUAUAUGCAUGUGCUAACGUGUUCUGAGUAUGUGCAUGUGAGUGUGCACGCUUGUGCGUACACAUGAGCAUUGUGAAUGUGUGUAUGUACGCACAUGUGUGUGCAUGUACAUGUAUGUGUGUGUGUGUGUGUGUGUGUGUGUGUGUGUGUGUAUGCGCAAGGCCAUCUGCUCAAGCAAUGAUCCAUUCCAGGGAGAUCUGUGGUAUGAGCGUCAUUCCUGUGCUGUGGUCUCGCCAUCAUAUGUCAGCGUGCAGAAAUAUUAGAUUAAAAUCCUCAGUCCACUCUGCCAAUUGCAAAGUAGCAAUCCCAGAAGCUGGAAAGGCUGGAACAGAUGCUGUAGCUGCGAGAACGGUAACCCCCACCAUCGAGUGCGAGGUUUGGGAGUUCGCGAUACCUCUAACAGAGAGCACGGUGGCCAGGUGGCAUGAAGCCAGAUCGAGAGUCUCCUUUGGUUUUUACCUUUUUCGGGAUUUGCACAAAGCAGCUUGACAUGUCGGAGCCCAUUUUGUAAGGUGGAACAGACUGGCACAUUCGAGACUGAAGCUGAAGCGACACUUUAUGUGAAACUGGCCGCUGGGCGAGAACUGUAGAACAGAAGCCAGUUCAUGUACUUCCAGUUAUCCUAUUGCUCAUCUCAUCUCUUCCAGUAAUUUCAACAAAAAAACAAAGAAAAAAACCGACAAAAGGAAAUCAGUCAAAUUAAUCUUCCGUGGCCUUUUUUCUGUUGCCCCCAGUGUCCCCAAAAAAGACACACGCCAUUUGCUUGGCUGGGUCUGAGAGCGUAAGAGUCUACAGAGAGAGCGAGAUAGCGUGAGAGAGAGAGAGAGAGAAAGAGAGAGAGACAUAGACAGGGUGACCUCCAUGUUAUGCAGGCAGAGGCACAUGGAGUGAGAGUGCAGCCAUCUUCGUGUCCGUGAUGGAGCUUCCUAAGCAGUAACUAAAAAAACCCCUCCCGGGACUGCAGGCAUUAGAAGGGGGCAGUCUGUGUGAGCGGUGUGGCGCGUAGACACAAGCUGGACGGGCGCUGGCGCGGUCGGAUAUCGUCCAGCAUCUUCUGCUCUUCUUCUUUCCUCACUGUCUGCCGUGGGCGGAAGGGGGGGGGGGGGGGGGUUGGCGGCGUUGUCCACGCCAGGCCCGGUCCCCAGCCGGAAACCAGGCCGCGGGCGUAGCGACCGCCGUGAUGGAGUUCCCCCAGAAACCCCCUCGUGGCUUUACUGUCAUGUGUAUCUCUGUGUUCGUUUUUUUGGGUUUUUGUUUUGUUUUUAUACAACGUUCCUUUUGUUUGACCUUUCCCCCCUUUUGCCAGACAGAAGAGAUUUCUGCAAAAAGGGUUUUGAGUACACAGAAACAUGAAUGUAAUUUAGUCAUGAGCUGAACGAAGUUAAAAAAAAAAAGAAGAAAAACAGACAAAAAAAGGUAGAUGGAUUCUUUUUUACUGACUUGAAUAAUGACAGGUGAAAGAGUCGCAGUCUCUCCAUGAUGAAGUCUGGUAUAUAUACGGUAGUCCUAUAGGAAAAUGUUUCAAGAAACGUGGGUUCUGCAUCCACAAAGCAUGAGCAGCAGCACUUGUCUCCUUACAGUAUCUCCUCCAGUACGUCUUUAACCUCCGCUCAUGUCCGUCUGUCCUUCUCCAUCCACCCCCCCUUUUUAUUUUCCUCCCGCUGUCGUCUCCUCCGUCUCCGUUUUCUCCCACUGUGUUCCCAGAUAUUAAACCAAAAAAAAGAGCAGCUGCCACAGUUUUCUCUCGUUCGGUAUGGGAGCUGUGCAACCCUGCCCCGCCCCCCCCCCCCUCAC